ACUUUCCUUUCCCCAACUGGAAAUAAGGAGUGCACCCUACACAGCUGGCAGAGGGCCUCCCUGGACUCAGGGUUGCAUCUCCUACUCCCAGCUUCUUUUACGGCCAUAGGGUUAAUUACCCAAAGAAGCCUCUGAGAAUUGUUCCUGAAGUUAGGGGAAGUGAAAGUAACUGAUUCAGCCCAGCUUAAAGGAGAAGAUCCCUUGCCUGGAGUUCGCUGCACUGCAGUAAACUUAAACAUGUCUCUUUAGAAACCCAUAGAGAGGACAGUGCACAGAGAGUUUGCAAAUCACGGGGCCCAUUCGUAGUUUCUGGGCACUUGUGCUGUAGCACAGAGUUCUGGCAAUAAACCCUCUAACCAACUGGCCUGCUGAUGUGUGGCCAAAGUACUGUGUGGAAAGAGGGUCAGGGUAGGUGUCCAGAGUAUGUGGGCGGUGGAAAAGAGGGGGCUGGAUGUUUAUUUCAUUCUGACCUCUCUUUGAGAUCCAGGAGCGUGCUGUGUGUGUGAAUAGGAAUGGCUGGCCGGAGUCAGGAGCAGAGUCUGAGGGAAGAGCUGACCUGUGCCAUCUGCUAUGAGCUUUUCAGUGACCCUGUCAUGCUGGAAUGCAUGCACCAUUUCUGCAGGGCAUGCAUCCAAGGCUACUGGGGCAGGUGCCCCCGUGUGGCUUCCUGCCCCCAGUGCAGAAGGGAGUUCUCCAGCCGCACCUUUCGCCCCCACUAUCUGGUAUCAGGAGUGGUGGAGAAGGUGCGGAAGUGCAGCUCAGAGGACCACAAGAGAAAAAUGCAGAAACAUCUUGCAGAUGCGCUGCAAGCUCACCAGAGAGAGAUGGAGAACAUUGUGCAAAUGAAGCACACAGCAGAGGAGGAUAUUUGCAAUCUGACGAAAGCCUCUGGGGAGCUGAACUCUAAGAUUCGGGCAGAAUUUGAGCGACUUCAUCAAAUACUGGAGGAAAAGGAGAGAGUUGUGUUAAUGGAGCUGGCCAAAGAGGAGGAACAGCUAUUGUUGAGGCUGCGUGGGGACAUCAUGCAGCUGGAGGAGGGGAUCUCAGAGCUGGGAAAGAACAUUGAGCACAUACAAGAAAUCCUGAACAAGACGGAAGACUCGUUACUGCUGGAGGUGGAGAGCAUGGCUAUCAGGCCCCCGGUGCAUGUGCGUGCACAGCCCUCCCUGGACAUAGAGCGCCACAGAGACCGGUACAGCGGCCCCCUGCAAUACAUCUUCUGGAGACAAAUGCUACAGUCAAUCCACCCUGCUCCUGCUCCGCUGACAUUUGACCCCGAAUCAGCCCACCCUAACCUCAUCCUCUCCAAAGACCUGAGGGCAGUGACUGAGAGCGACAGGCGUCAACCUGUCUGCAGCAGCCCCAAGCGUUUCCAGCAGUGUGUGAACGUCCUGGGCUCCGAGACCUUUGACAGCGGGAGCCACUACUGGGAGGUCUGGGUGGGCAGCAAAACCAAGUGGGACCUGGGGGUGGCAGCAGAGUCCGUGGACCGGGCAGCUAAGGUCAAGCUGUGCCCUGAGAAUGGUUACUGGGCACUUCGUCUGAGGAACGGGACGGAGUAUUGGGCCACUGCCACCCCGUGGGUGCGCCUUGCCCCGAGGAGCUGUCUCCGGAAGGUGGGGGUCCUUCUGGACUGCAGAGAGAGGAAGGUGGCAUUCUACAACGCUGAAGACAUGACCCACCUCUUCACCUUCCACCAGGCUGCCGCGCGCAGGUUCUGCCCCUUCUUCAGCACUUGCUUCAGCGACGGCAAGCUGAACGUGGAGCCCAUGAGAAUCUGCCACCUGACUCUGUAAGGGUGAGGGUGGGGGUGGGAGGGGUAAGAAGUCUCCCAGGAAGCCAUGCAGAUACCAAAGAGACAACAGGUGGCCCUGGGAGCUGGUGUUGCUUUCUGGUUUGGCUGUAGUUGCUACUGCUUGGACUGUCCCUAGAAUAGGAAUCGCCUGCUAGAACAGCUCAGUUGGCUCCCCUCUGCAUUAGUGCUUGGCCAUUUACUGUUUGAGCAAAUGUAGCAAAGGUGUGUGGACUCUGAUCAGUCUAACCUGUAAAUCCCAAGCCUCUGGGGCAGAGUCAAGGAGAGUCUCUCUAUUUGUGGAUUUACCCUGUGAGGAGAGAAGAAGUGACUGAAUCUUAGUUCCCAGUAUUUUGUCUUCUGUUCCCUGCCUUGGCACAGGGGCGAGGGGGUCCUGGACUCUCACCUCAGCAGCUCAGCUAGAGCCAUAGGAUACUGUGCACUGAGGUUUCUCCAGCCUUCCUCCAGCAAAGAGAUGGUGCAUCUCACUGCUGCAAGGGCCUCAGACCAGCCUCGUGCAGCAACCAGUGACACUGAGCUGAACACAACCUCCUCAGCCAGCCGCCUUGGUACAGACUGUGAGGGUAUGGCUACAUUUGGAAUUUCAAAGCGCUGCCCCGGCAGCGCUUUGAAGUGUGAGUGUAGUCAGAGCGGCAGCGCUGGGAGAGAGCUCUCCCAGCGCUGCAUGUAAACCACAUCCCUUACGGGUGUAGCGUGCAGCGCUGGGAGCACUGAUUACACUGACGCUUUACAGCGCUGUAUCUUGCAGCGCUCAGGGGGGUGUUUUUUCUCACCCCAGUUGCAGCGCUGUAAAGUGUGAGUGUAGCCAAGACCUAAGAAGAUUCAAAGGAAACUAGGCAACCUGAGUGAAGAAGGAGGAACUGCACAGUGGAAGCAAUGAUUUGGAUUCUGUAUUAGUUGUAAUCACUCAGGAAAAGGCCACGAGGCUCAUUUGGAACUACUCAAACCACUGGCUUCAAAGGGCUCCUGCCUUUCUGGGACUAGAACAAGCAGGUAGAAGUCAGGUGGUAAAUUCUAGGGAGCUCCUGGUCAGUGGGUAGGCGCCUGUUGCGUGGCGGGAGUGCAUCUUCUUGACACAGUGGACAGUGCUGCCUGUGAGUGGAGCAAGCAUGGGGGCAGGGAAUGGAUCUUCAAUGACUUACUGAGAUUUUUCUUCUCUUACUCUGUGAAUUUGAUCUGUGAAGUGGACACGGCUUAUUCUAGUGGCAAACGUUUAGGUGCCAGCUCGUUGAGGUGUUACAAGCCCUGAGGAACCAAUGGAGAGGAAGGAGAGCUGUAGCCUUACUGACCUUCU